UUCCUAUUAGCAUGUGUAUUUCUUUCUUUCGUUUGCAUUCCCAUUAGCAUUUCCUUCAUCAAAUACCAAGCCUCCUCUUCUUUUUCUUCUUGGCUGCCUUAAACACAUUUGAUUUCAAUCCCAAGGCCAAGCCAACUCUUGUCAGACACAAAUAUCAAAUCAAAUCAAAUCAAAUCAACCGAAGCAAGAGGUGUGCCGGUGCCGGCAUCAGGGUUGAGGUCAGUGGGCAGUAUUCCUCAAUGUUUUAGAACAAAAAGGGUUCAUGAUUGGAUCCUUUUGUUUGCCAACUGCAAUGGAAUCAGCUGCUUUAAACUUAGUUAAUGCCACUUUAAACUGGGUCACUUUGGCUUUGGAUGCCCCUUCUGCACGAGCUGUAGUGUUUGGAGUCCACAUAGGAGGGCAUUUGUUUGUGGAGGUGCUUCUUUUGGUGGUCAUUCUUUUUCUGCUUUCCCAGAAAAGUUACAAGCCUCCUAAGCGACCGUUAACAAAGAAGUCUCCCAAAUGUCUGUAGGAAAUAGAUGAGCUAUGUGAUGAAUGGGUUCCAGAAUCUCUUAUUCCUCCUAUUACUGAAGAGAUGCAGAGUGAACCCCCCGUGUUGGAAAGUGCUGCAGGGCCCCAUACGAUAAUCAAUGGCAAAGAAGUUGUGAACUUUGCUUCUGCAAAUUAUCUUGGAUUUAUAGGGCAUGAGAAGUUACUUGAAUCAUGUACCUCUGCAUUGGAGAAAUAUGGUGUUGGUUCUUGUGGUCCUCGUGGAUUCUAUGGAACAAUUGAUGUCCACCUUGAUUGCGAGGCCAGAAUAGCAAAGUUUUUGGGAACACCUGAUUCCAUCCUCUAUUCUUAUGGGCUUUCCACCAUGUUCAGCACAAUCCCAUGUUUUUGUAAAAAGGGCGACAUAAUAGUUGUCGAUGAGGGAGUACACUGGGGAAUACAAAAUGGCCUCUACCUUUCUAGAAGCACCAUUGUUUAUUUCAAACACAAUGAUAUGAAAUCUCUAGAAAAAACUCUUGAGAAAAUUACUGCAGAGAAUCAGCGGGCUAAGAAAUUGCGGCGCUACAUUGUGGUAGAAGCUGUGUAUCAGAAUUCUGGUCAAAUAGCACCUUUGGACAACAUCAUCAGGCUGAAAGAGAAGUAUCGCUUCCGUGUUGUAUUGGAUGAGAGUAAUUCAUUUGGUGUACUUGGCCGUACAGGAAGGGGUCUCACUGAAUACUGUGGGGUUCCGAUAGAGAAGAUAGACAUUGUUACUGCUGCUAUGGGGCAUGCAUUGGCGACAGAAGGAGGAUUCUGCACUGGAAGUGCUAGAGUCAUUGAUCACCAACGGUUGAGUAGUUCUGGGUAUGUCUUCUCUGCAUCUUUGCCCCCAUAUUUGGCUAGUGCUGCAAUUACUGCUAUUGAUGUCCUAGAACAAAAUCCUGAGUUGACAUCAAAGCUGAAGGAAAACGUUGCCAUUUUAUGGAAAGGCCUGUCAGAUAUCCAGGGGCUUUCAGUAGCAAGCAAUCCGGAAUCACCCGUUGUUUUCCUUCGACUUGAAAAAUCAACAGGUUCGGUGAAAAGUGACCUCCAGCUCCUGGAAGAGAUUGCCGAUCGUGCCUUGAAAGAAGAUUCUAUAUUUGUAGUGGUUUCAAAAAGAUCAACGCUUGAUAAAUGCCCCCUGCCUGUGGGAAUUAGACUGUUUGUUUCUGCCGCCCACAUAGAAUCUGACCUGCGCAAGGCAUGUUCCUCAUUGAAGAGAGUUUCAGCUGAGGUGCUGAGCUUGCAGGAUCGUAGAUGAUUGCCGCGCAUGUAAAAAUCAUUUUCAAGACUUUUUUGUUUUUAGCUGCUUUGGAAGAUUUUCUCAUGAAAUUGUCUCUAUUUUUUCUUAGAAAUUUCCAUUCACAAGUAAAUUAUUUUCAUUGUUCAUUCUACUUUUAUUAUUUAAAAUUUUGUGAUCCUAUCUACCCA